AUGAAGCCGGUGGAGCCGGGUGAUGCCAGUAUGGGCAAAGUAUUCGGAGGCGUUUUCCUGCCUGCACUCGUUGCCGGUGUGAUCGGCUGGAUGUUGCCGGGUAACUACCUCGGCAGUGAUAGUACGGAUGGUUUUAUCGCUGCCGCGAUCCCGGUCGUUAUUUUUUAUAUAUCGCUGUAUGUCAAAGCCAAUGCAACCGACAAGCGGCCGAUAGCCGCCCUGUUAGCCAUAUUCGCGCUUAGCCUGGUCUUCUGGGCCGUGUUCAAGCAGAAUGGCACUGCAUUGACCCGCUGGGCUAAAUAUUAUACCGACCGUGAAGUGGCUGCAUCCAUUGAAACGCCGGCAAGAACCUUGCACCAGGUGGAGACAAUGCCAACCGCUAUUGACAGCGUGAUCCAGUAUGAUGCCCAAUUCCAGGCGAUCAAGGCCGACGGCAAAGUGGUAAAGGCACCGGGCCGUGAUGUCUAUUUCCGGAAUGUGCCGGAAGAAAAGCUGCCGCAGGACGGUAAGCCGGUAUACCUGACCAGUACAGAACUGUUCCAGUCCAUCAACCCGGCAUGGGUGGUGCUGCUGACACCGGUAGUGGUGGCCUUUUUUACCAUGAUGCGGCGGCGGAAGAAAGAGCCAAGCACGGCAACCAAGAUCGCUUUUGGUCUGCUGGUCUCUGCGCUCUCUACGCUGGUGAUGGUAGGCGCCGUUUAUGCAGGCGGCAAUGGCGCGGAGAAAGUAUCACCUAUGUGGCUGAUCGGCUGUUAUGGCGUGAUCACCAUAGGGGAAUUGCUAUUAAGUCCGAUGGGGCUUUCCCUGGUAUCCAAGCUGAGCCCGCCAAGGCUGACGGCUCUGAUGAUGGGUGGAUUUUUCCUUUCUACCUCGAUCGGCAAUAAAAUGAGUGGGGUGCUGGCCAGUAUGUGGUACAAUUAUGAGAAUAAAGCCAACUUCUUCCUGUUCAACUGUAUGCUGUUAUUGGCCGCUGCAUUACUGGCCUUUUUGCUGUUGCGCUGGCUGAAUAAGAUCAUGAAAGAAAAGAACUUGCAUUAA